GAUUGAUUUGCAGCGGAUUGUCUACCAUGCGUGUAUGGUGAUUUGUUGCAUGGACGGCGGCGAGCAAAAGGCGUUGGAUGGAUCUGUCCGCCGGCACGGAGGCAUUCGCGCGGCCGGAACGGAGCACCUGUCGACGUCGGGGGCGUGAGACAGACGAACAUGCUGGUCCAAUGCAUCGCUGCCUCCCUCCUCGCAUGGAGGCGGGUGGCGCGAGCACGUGAUUCGAGACCUUGAUGGCAAGGCAUGGCCACCUUUAUUAGCAGGCCUGCACAUUUUCUUGUAUCUACAACGUCCAUCCUCUGUUCCACUACGACGCUUCCCUACCUCACUCCACUUGUCACGUCUGAAAGCGAGCCCGAGGCGCUUGGGGGAUGGAUGGGAUUCCUCCGGAGCUGCCUCCCCCCUCCAUCCUUUAUCCCCGCCCUCCACCUCCACCAUCAAUUGGCUCGCGUUUCCAUUGGCGAGUCGCAUUGGCCGAGAAGGGCAAGCCCAUCACCACAUCCGGCCGUGCCACAGUCCUUCGCCCCGUUCCCUGCCCUCCACGGACCCGUACUAUCUACUAGUAGCAGCCAGGAACGACGAGGGAUCCCUGGCGGAGAUGUCGCCGCCGUGGCUUGACAGGGCAAUUAUAUAACCGACUCCGUCUACAUCUCUGGCCUCCCCCUUCCGUAUCCCUCCGCUGCCACAUUCUCGCUCGUUUCCCUUCCCUCGACGAGUUUACAGACCAACACAAUGGCCCCCCAAAU